CGGUCCCGGGGCGCCACGCGCGCUGACGCGGGGCCCCGCGAUGCGGCGGGGACCGGGCGCGGGGGGGAGGCGGCGUCGGCGAGCGUCCUCCUUUUGUGCGAGCGCCGGCGGCUGGGGCUGCUCGAAGGUAAACAGCGUUUCCUCUUCCUCCUCGAGGCGUCUCUUCCUUUUAUAGUUAUUUCUCGCCUGGCACUCGCCGGGGCCGCUGCCGCCGCGCCGGGGCCGCUCGCGAACCUGUGGCGGUGACGUGAGAGCGGCCAACCCGGAAACGGCGGCUCCGCUCCCCGCGCCCCGCGCCCCGCGCCCGCCGCCCGCGCCGCAGCCCGCCCGGCCGCCCGCCAGGAGAAGAAACUGAGGCUUGGAGUUUGAGUAAUUUGUUCAAGCUUACCAAGUUGGAUCAGAUUGGAUGGUGACCUGGGUCUCUAGAUCCCAGAGAAUUGUAUACUUUUGAGUCCCUUGCUGAAGUUCCCUGGUGAGUCUCAGAAGAUAGAGGGACAAGAACAGAAUCACCAGUACUGGCUGAAGCUUUCUUUCAGUAGACGAGGUUUGCUGGCAUGGGUAAUCUCAUUAAGGUGCUAACCAGGGACAUAGACCACAAUGCAGCACAUUUUUUCUUGGACUUUGAAAAUGCCCAGCCUACAGAGUCCGAGAAGGAAAUUUAUAAUCAGGUGAAUGUAGUAUUAAAAGAUGCAGAAGGCAUCUUAGAGGACUUACAAUCAUACAGAGGAGCUGGCCAUGAAAUACGAGAGGCAAUCCAGCAUCCAGCAGAUGAGAAAUUACAAGAAAAGGCAUGGGGUGCCGUUGUUCCACUAGUAGGGAAAUUAAAGAAAUUUUAUGAAUUUUCUCAGAGGUUAGAAGCAGCAUUAAGAGGCCUUCUGGGAGCCUUGACAAGCACUCCGUACUCUCCUACCCAGCAUCUAGAGCGAGAGCAGGCUCUUGCUAAACAGUUUGCAGAAAUUCUUCAUUUCACACUCCGGUUUGAUGAACUUAAGAUGACAAAUCCUGCCAUACAGAAUGACUUCAGCUAUUAUAGAAGAACUUUGAGUCGUAUGAGGAUUAACAAUGUUCCAGCAGAAGGAGAAAAUGAAGUUAAUAAUGAGUUGGCAAAUCGAAUGUCUUUGUUUUAUGCUGAGGCGACCCCAAUGCUGAAAACCUUAAGUGAUGCUACAACAAAGUUUGUUUCAGAGAAUAAAAAUUUACCAAUAGAAAAUACUACAGAUUGUCUAAGUACCAUGGCUAGUGUAUGCAGAGUCAUGCUUGAAACGCCAGAAUACAGAAGCAGAUUUACAAAUGAAGAGACGGUGUCAUUCUGCUUGAGGGUAAUGGUUGGGGUCAUAAUACUCUAUGAUCAUGUACACCCAGUGGGAGCGUUUGCCAAAACUUCAAAAAUUGAUAUGAAAGGUUGUAUCAAAGUUCUUAAGGAUCAGCCUCCUAAUAGUGUAGAAGGUCUUCUAAAUGCUCUCAGGUACACAACAAAACAUUUGAAUGAUGAGACUACCUCCAAGCAAAUUAAAUCCAUGCUGCAAUAACAGUUCUGGAAUAAGCACCUGCUGUAGAAGACAGUAUUCUGCAAUGACUGAGAAUGCACAGUUUUUUAGUGAUUGCAAUUACUAUCUCAUUUACUCUUGCUUUUUAUUUCUUUCCUCUGUUCCUCUUCCCUCUUUUUUAAUCAUGUUCUUGUUCUUAAGACUUCUUUUCUGUGCCAAAAUCAGUAAAGUUAUACUCGGAAGGGAUCUUGUCCUUUUAAACAGGCCAUCUGAGGCAGCUAAAUAUGCAUUGCAUUUGGGUCUCUACUGAGGAAAAAAAAUCUGUGACUUGAACUAAAUAUUUUUAAAUGUGGAUUUUUUUUGAAAACUAAUAUUUAAUAUUGCUUCUCCUGCAUGGCAAACUGCCUAUUCUGCUAUUUAAAAACCCUUGAUGACUUUAUUUUCUACUGCCGCUUUUUUCAUGUGCAGCCAAAAUGAAAAUGUUUAAAUUAACUGUGUUGUACAAAUGGUACCUAACACAAACUUUUUUAAAUUAGUAAGACUCUUGUUUAAAGUUUUAAGUUUGCAUUUUGACUUUUUUUUGUAAGGAUGUAUGUUGUGUGUUUAACCUUUAUUAACUAAUGUUAAAAACUGUGAUGUGUGCGUAGAUUAUUACGUAUGCAUGUUCCUGUUUAAGAAUGGCUGUUGAUGAUAAAAAUAAAAAUCAGCUUUCAUUUUUCUAAGUGUGGCUUGGUUUACUGAUGUUUUGUUUUUAGACUUCUAAAGCUUUCCCCCUAUAUAUUUUUUAUGGAAUGCAUAUACACAUUAUAUAAUUUUCCCUUAAGGGGAGAACUGGGUGUCUUAAAUAGUAUUUUUGUUUAUAGUUGUCUCUGUGCAAAAUUUUAAUUGUUUUUGCAAAUCUUGAUAAUGCAAUAAGAUCAGUGAUUUUGUCAUAAACUUAUUACCAUUUCUUCAUGAUUUACUUUUGUAUGGAUUUUAGUAAUAGAAGGGAAAUUAUAUACUUUCAUGAUUAGCAGUUACCAUGAGUGAGAAGGUAACAUUGUGACAGCAAGAGUGUGGAAGGAAGACCAGCCCUUAAUAGAGUGAGAGGAAGAGAGUAACUCUGAGGGGUACUUCUCAGGAGAGGAUUGAAGACCAUGAUAUUGGUGGGAGCAGUGAGCAUGUUUAGUAAUUUAAGGUCAUAAGACCGUAAUCAUGACUUUCCAGUCUCAUGAUUGAGGGGAGCUGGUUAAAGGUGUUUGGAAUAGCCAUUCUGGUGGUUAAGUGAGAGGAAUGGCUGAACUGGGAUGUAAUCACGAGACGUAAUUACAGGAAAUUGUCCUGCGGCUCCCAUCAGAAGCCUGCUUGACGGCACACAGUCCCAGCAGCCACAGCCCGUGCCAGGCGUCUUGCUGACAACUUCCAUGUUUUCCAGCUUCACAUCCAGCCAGACUGUGUGCAUUGCUGUGUGUGGCGUCAUGCUACUAUAAUUCUCAUCUGACUGGUCCCUGAACACAUCCUCUCCUCCUCCUCCUCAUGCUCAGCAGAUACCAGCUCUCAUUUGUCAAGGACCACGUUGUCCUUGAAAACUGUCCUUAAAUGCUUAACAGAGUCUUCCAGGUUGAUGAUGGCAUUUACCCUUAAGGCACUAAGCAUAUCGCAGUGGCUUCCUCAAAAGUUACACCCAUCUGGAACCUGGAAAAUGUGACCAACUUUAUUUGGAACAAAAGGGCUUUUAUAGGUGAAAUGAUCUGGAGAUGAGACCAGCCUGGAUUUGGAAGGGCCCUGACAGGGAGAAGACCGUGUAAGAGAGAAGGAAAGGGGACUGAACACAAGGCCAUAUGAAGCCGGUGAGCGGUGUGGCUCUAAGCCCAGGAACCAAGAAGUAGGGCCAGAGUUGUGGAAGACCUCCCCAGAACUUCUGGAGUUAACCAACCCAGCCAGCACUUUUUGAUUUCAGACUCCUACUUCCGGGACUGGGAGAGGAGAAUCUCUGUUGCACUCAGUUUGCCAUCCAGUUUGUGGUGAUUGGUUAUGGCAACACACGUAUCUCAUCAGAUACCUCCAAUAUCUGACUGCACUUCAGAAUAUCCUUUCUGAGACUGAGAACUUGAGAGAAAGCUUUGACUGAUCUUUCUUCAGUGUCCCAAGGACAUUGUCCAGAACCCAAAUUUGGGUAGGUGCCAAGUUGAAUGUUUGAAUCGAGUGUGAAUGGAUACAGAAAAGUAAAGGCAGCUGGAAUAGAGAAUUAUGGCUGUGGCCUUUGCAGUUAAGUGGCUCAUACUCUGCAUAUUGAAGAAUAAGUGGGAAAAUCUCUUUUAACUCUUGCAGGGUUAGCAGACUGGUCCAGUCUGCUGUCCACCUGUUAAUGUACAGCCUGUGAACUAAGAAUAGUUUUUACAUUUUUAAAACAUUGAAAAAAACGCAAAAAAUAUUUUGUGUUGUGUAAAGUAUAUAAAUUCAAAUUCCAGUGUCCAUAAAUAAAAUUUUAUUGGAACAUGG